GCCCAGCCUCUGCGCCGGGCGCACGGGAAAGCACGGGCUUCGUGCUAGCUGCGGGGCACUGGGAGGGCUUGGCGGGCCGGAGGUGACCGAGCGCGUAAGGACUUUUGGAGUGCGGCGCUGUAUGGGGCUGUGGCACCCCCCUCCCCUCAACUCACACUGUGGGUAGGGAAACUGGGGGCUGGCCGGACGGGAGAAACACAAGGUGGGCUCGGCUGAGUUCUCACUGGAGCAGGUGAACGCUGACGGCGUCCUCCAAGAUGUGGCUCACCAGCUCAGAUCUUCUGAGGGCUGUACCCUAGCCUGCCGGCUGCCCUGCCAAUGGGUGACCUUGGGCCAGCCCCUGCCCCUCUUCUGUGUCCACUCUUCUGCCUCAGCUACCAAUUAGGCUCUUCUUGGGAAGCACCCCUGAGAUUCUUGCUUCUCCCCUGCCUGGCACCUGAUAACCAGAAGCUCUUGGGAGAGUCUGGGUUUGGCCUCCUGCCUGGGGUAGCCCCACAAUCGGCUCACCCCUCCUCUCAGCCCCAUCUGAGAUCCCAAUGUGAGAAGGAGAGUGGCUCCUGCCUUCCCCCUCCAAGUUUCCCAAAGACAUGGGGUGGGAGCCAGUAGAGGGGGGACGCGGAAAAGACAGUCUUGGCCCCAGCUGAGCAUUCUGGGCACAUCCACUCUGCCCUGAGCCUCAGCAACUUCUUCAGCCAAAGGGUCUGAUGCUUUCCACACUAUCUGACAGGAGCUCAGGCAGCUCCAAGGAGAGAGGGAGGAGGUAUACAUGGGUGUUUCACACCCAGGGAGAACUGGGUGGCCUAGUGGCUGCUGUUACCAGAACUGGCACGGUCCCAAGUGAAGAAGGGUAGAAGCUGAGGGCAAGCUGAAGUGCCCCUUGCUUUGAGCAGUCUUUGGUCCAAAAGAGGACAUGGUGUUGCUGGGAAGGCUGCUACUCCCUGGUUGUCUCCAGCAUGUUCCUUUCUGAAUUUUGGAACUCCCGAACUCCUGCCCCUACCACUACCUUCCUCCUCAGAAUCCCCUACCCCAUUCCAGGUCCCAUAGCCUCUUUUGCUUUGCCCUAGCCGAGCACCCCUUUGUAACCUCAGUGCCAGUGUAGGGUGUCAGGGGACAAGGUUUUUAACAGAUCUCCCCCCCACACAGCCACAGAACAGCUGGUAGCCCCCUGGGAUGAGGAGCCGGCAUUCCUAGCUGUAAGUUUGGGCUGGCAGCUUUGCUGAAGGGUAACCCUAAGGGGAGUUCACCCCACUGGCAUGUAUCCCCAGGUAGGACUCACUGCUGGGCUCCACAGCAAGCACACACAUGUACCUGGAACACACCAGCCACCGCCCCCACCAUGACGAUGACACAGCCAUGGACACACCCCUCCCAAGACCUUGUCCUUUGCUGGCUGUGGAACGGAUCGGGCAGCGGCCCCUGUGGGCCCAGUCCCUGGAACUGCCUGAGCCAGUCAUGCAGCCCUUGCCUGCCGGGGCCUUCCUGGAGGAGGUAACAGAAGAGACCCCAGCCCAGCCGGAGAGUGAGCCCAAGGUGCUGGACCCUGAGGAGGAUCUGCUGUGCAUAGCCAAGACUUUCUCUUACCUUCGGGAAUCUGGCUGGUAUUGGGGGUCCAUUACUGCCAGCGAGGCCCGGCAGCACCUGCAGAAGAUGCCAGAGGGCACGUUCCUAGUACGAGACAGCACCCACCCCAGUUAUCUGUUCACACUGUCGGUCAAAACCACUCGUGGCCCCACCAAUGUGCGCAUCGAGUAUGCAGACUCCAGCUUCCGCCUGGACUCCAACUGCCUGUCUCGGCCUCGCAUCUUGGCCUUCCCAGAUGUGGUCAGCCUUGUGCAGCACUAUGUGGCCUCCUGUGCUGCUGACACCCGAAGUGACAGCCCUGAUCCCACUCCCACCCCAGCCCUGCCUAUCCCUAAGGAAGAAGCACCUGGUGACCCAGCACUGCCUGCUCCUGCGGCCACUGCCGUGCACCUGAAACUGGUGCAGCCCUUUGUGCGCAGAAGCAGUGCCCGCAGCCUGCAGCACCUCUGCCGCCUUGUCAUCAACCGGCUCGUGGCCGACGUGGACUGCCUACCACUGCCCCGGCGCAUGGCUGACUACCUCCGACAGUACCCUUUCCAGCUCUGACUGCGCCGGGACCUUACCCAGCCUCACCCAGCCCCACCCUGGAGGGGACACUGGCCCCAGCUGGACUUGGGCUCCCUCUGUCCCCGCUCCAGUCAUCCUGGUGCCUGCAUGCGUCUGGCAGCUGGACCAGGAAUAGCCACCAAGAGCAAGGGAGUGGAGGGGGAGGUGUCACAAACUGGGAGGUGAGUCCCUCAGGCCCCAUGUGGCUCCAUUGUGGGGAGCCAUGUAUCAGAGGCGAGGGAGACAGGCAGGACCUCGUCUCACCUGUGGCUGGGCCCAGGCCUCCACUCACUUCCCAGCCCUGGCCACUCGAACUGUGUAGACACUGUCAACCCCAUUUCUCAGUACCUGGGGUGGGCGGGCCUCCUACCUCCAGCCAGCCUCUGUUUCUGAGAGGUUGUCAGCCAGAGGAACUGGGGUUGACAGUGACAGUCCCCUUGCUGGGGGUGGGCCAGGCUGGGGACUGCACAGGAAUACAGUAUUUAUUUAUUUAUUCUCCUUGAGGUUGGUCUCAGAGUUGAGCCAACCCCACCUCUCUGCCCUGAGCCCUGGGUAGUCCAGAGACCCCACUCUGCCCCAGUUUCUCUGGUUCCUCCCUGUGGAGAGCCCCAUCCUGAGAUAUGUUACUGGACCCAAGACAGUCCUGGAAGUCCUGGCACUGACCCAUCCACCUGUGAAUGUGUCCGUGCUCUCCUGCCCCCAGCCCUGUUUGGGGAGAGUGGGCAAAUGGACAAGAAAGUGGAGCCAAAGCCUCAGUCUGCAGCAGAGCCUGUGGCUCACCCCCUCGAGGGGCAGAGCCUUAAAUGCACAGAGCUGUCACUGGUGUGAGCCCCGCAUACAUGUGUGCCAAGUUAGGAAGUGGUGCUGGCUUGAGGGCUGCUGCUGCAGCUCUGCUGGGUCGGCUUCCUGCCCAGGAAGUUGCCUGCCCCUGACAGAGGGAGAGAAAUACAUAUCUGAUGAGUCUUUAUAAAAUAAUGAUUAUAACAAAGAAACCAGCUUCGUAGUCUGUUUUCUUCCACUGAUUUUUUUUGUAAUGACAAUAAAAUCAUACCUUUCACUUAUGGA